AUGCAGGCUUUCCUCCGCCGCGGGACGUCAUUCCUCACGGGGUCGACAGGCGCGACGCCUGAGACCACCACGCCCACGGCCACCCCUCCGACAGAAUUCCAAAAGGCCGCAUCGCACGACACGCUGUUCCCCAAGACCGACCCGGCCGUCGACGGCGAGGCGUGUCUGCACGACUGCGCGUCGUGCACGGUGCGGUACCCGGCCAAGUUCGACGUCGACUACGAGGACACGCUGUACGGGAACGUGAACGGAUGGGCGACGCACGUGCUCGUGGCGACGGGCAAGACCGACUGGGUGCGCGAUGUCGCCGACGAGAAGGGGAGUGUGAUGGAGGCGAUUGAGCGGGGGGGUGUCUCGCCCGCGAACGGGACGCUCAAACUCUCCGCCUCCAACAUGCCCGUUCCCGACGAAUACCACGACACCGAAACCGACCAGCCCACGACCGUGCUCCUCCUGCCGGCCUUCACUAUCGUCGACCACGUCACGCCCUCGCGCGUGCCGCUGCUCAUCCGCGACUUUGUCGACCGCGCCCCCACCACCACCACGCCGUUGGGCGGGCUUCCCCUGCCCCUGUCCCUACCCACCGAAGCCUCCGAGACCGCGACGGAGUCGCCGCUACGGUCGCGCCCGUGUCCACACGCGGCGGUCAUCCUGCUCUGCUCGCAGCGCACGCGCGACGCGCGGUGCGGCCAGUCGGCGCCGCUGCUGCGCAAGGAGUUCGAGCGACACCUGCGUCCGCUGGGGCUGUACCGCGACCUGGACGACGAGCGGCCCGGCGGCGUGGGUAUCUACUUUAUCAGCCAUGUCGGCGGGCACAAGUACUCGGCGAAUGUGAUUGUGUAUCGGCGGAGGAGCAUCGAGGAGACCGCCGCCGCCGCCGCCGACGGGGCUGCGGAUGGCGGCGCGGCGCAGGGCAUCUGGCUGGCGCGGGUGCGGCCGGAGGACUGUGAGAAUAUUGUCCGGUACACGGUGCUGCAGGGGAAGGUGGUGAAGCCGCGGGAGCAGUUGCGAGGGGGAUUUGAUCGCGAACGGGGGGUGAUGAACGAUGCUCCACGAGUGCAUGUGCAUGUGCAUGGUGAUAGCAUAACCAGGCGUCCAGUCCGUAAGACCGCAAAGGAUCUCAGAAUCGACUCCACCGCAAUCCUUCUCGUGUCGGAGAUGUCGGGGCCUAAUUGGCGCACGCGGCUGGAAGAUUCCACGGCAUCUCACUGGCGGAAGUGA